AAACCUGAGUACCAAACGCCCAAAUUGCCUAUUGGAUUUGCCUUGGAACCGUAAACCCUAUUUUCAUAUUAAAAAAAAAAAACCUUAAACCCUAUUUUCAGACAUAAGCACAUAUCCUUCUCUCUCUUCCUCUUCAACACCUUCUUCCUCCUCCGUUCAAGAACCCCUGAACUGAAACCUUCUCAUCCUUCUCUUCACGCUGUCAUCUGAUUCUGAGAGCCAUACAAUUGAAGUCAGCCUCUGAAUCUUUCAGAAAGAAAUUGAGACCUAAUCUAGCUUCAAUGUGGAGCCCCAGAAGCAAAGUCUGAAACUUUGGACAAGAAAAGCUUAUAAAAAUGAAACACAAAAGGAAUAUGAGCAAGAGCUAGCUUGCAAAACUUGGACAAGAAAAGGUGUGAGUAUGAAUGGUUUAUGCCAAUUAAUGAAGACAUUACAAGCAUAAAAAUCUUUGCUCAAUUAGAUCCCAUUCUACCCUAUAGGCAUAGUAAUAAGAAAAUAAAGGUGAAAGAAGUCUGCUUUAAGUUAAAUUAUAAUUGGUAGAAAUGCUUCUAGCUAGAAGUCACUCUCUCAUAAAGCUUAGGCGCUAUUGUUCUAUCUCGGUCUUCAUUCGAUCCUUAACAGUUUGUUCUUCAUCAUUGUUAAAUAACCCUUCUACCUCAAAACCUCAUUUUCAAAACACAGCAGAAUGUCCACAAUUCCAUUUCAUGUUUCCCCGAUACUUCUCUUCGAAGACUGCAAGUUCUUCUUCCAAACAAUCUUUACCUCUUACCCGUGAUGGAAAUUACAACGAAGCUAGUCCUGAGAAUCUUGUUGUCUGCCCUGGUUGCGGGGUUCAUAUGCAAGAUGCUGACCCUAAACACCCUGGCUUUUUCGUUAAACCUUCGCAGAAAGACCCUAGGACUUAUCGGUUGCAUGCCCAUCUUGAACCUGUUUGUCAAGAGUCUGAAGUCUCAGAUUUCCUUAAAAGGGGUACUGUGAUUGAGCCCGAAACCAAUGACAGUGACGUUGGUGUGGCUGAAGUUAGGCACGAAAGGCCGGUUGUAUGUGCACGGUGCCAUUCUUUAAGGCAUUAUGGGAAGGUGAAGGAUUCUACAGUGGAGAACUUAUUGCCUGAUUUUGACUUUGAUCAUACCAUUGGAAGGAAGCUGGUAUCCACAUCGGGGACUCGGUCGGUUGUGCUAAUGGUCGUGGAUGCAUCAGACUUUGAUGGUUCAUUCCCUAAAAAGGUUGCGAACUUGGUGUCAGAUACAAUUGAAGAGCAUUUAACAGCUUGGAAACUGGGGAAGUCAGGGAAUGUGCCUAGAGUAGUGCUUGUGGUGACAAAAAUUGAUUUAUUACCGAGCUCUAUAUCACCGACGAGAUUCGAGCACUGGGUUAGGCAACGAGCAAGGGAGGGUGGAUCUAACAAGUUAACAAGUGUGCAUUUGGUCAGUGCUGUGAGGGAUUGGGGGUUGAAGAAUCUUGUUGAUGAUGUCAUCGCUUUAGCCGGGCAAAGAGGGAAUGUUUGGGCAAUUGGGGCACAGAAUGCUGGGAAGAGUACUCUGAUAAAUUCAUUAGGAAAGCAUGUUGGAGGGAAGGUUUCUCACUUGACAGAAGCACCUGUUCCUGGUACAACAUUGGGGAUUGUUAGAGUAGAAGGCGUUCUUCCUCGUCAGGCAAAGUUAUUCGAUACUCCAGGGCUUUUGCAUCCCCAUCAAAUUGCAACAAGGUUAACAAGAGAAGAACAGAAACUUGUCUACAUUAGCAAAGAGUUGAAGCCAAGGACUUACAGGAUCAAGGCUGGUCAUUCAGUUCAUAUUGCUGGUCUUAUGAGGCUAGAUGUAGAGGAAUUAUCCGUCGAUUCUAUAUAUGUUACGGUAUGGGCAUCCGUUUAUCUUCCAUUACACAUGGGUAAAACCGAAAAUUCAUGUGAAAUGGUAGAAGAACAUUUCGGUCAUCAGUUGCAGCCACCAAUUGGAAAAGCUAGAGUUAAAGAGCUCGGGCAGUGGGUGAGAAAGGAGUUUCGCGUCUGUGGCAAUAGCUGGGACUCUAGCUCUGUUGAUAUCUCAGCUGCUGGUCUCGGUUGGUUUGCUAUUGGACUCAAAGGAGAAGCUCAACUAGGCGUGUGGACUUACGAUGGAAUUGAUGUUGUUCUUCGCAAUUCAUUAAUUCCUCAAAGAUCACAGUAUUUUGAAGUUUCGGGUUUUACUGUGUCCAAAAUCGUUUCCAAGGCUGAUCAGUCUUCAAAUAAGGCGUUGCGCCAGAGUGAGAAGAAGAAACCAAACAACCGAAAGGAAACUACACCAGCUAAUGCAGAGCCUGUUUCUUAAUAACAUUCUUAUUCUUAUUCCCAUUUCUAUUCCUAUAUUUUCAUUCCUCCCAACCAAAUGCCACCUUAAAUAAAAUGGCAUAAGUGUAAUUGUAAUGGGGGUAAUAGCAUUAUAUAUAGGAAAGAAUAGUGAAAGAAAGGGUGUGAAGAAUUUGGUUUAGUUUGUAACAGUUAUGGGGAGAGAACUAGGUUCUCGAAAUCCUGAGUAUUAAUGAGAGGCAAUCUGCCAUUUUUAUUCAAAAA